GACCUGGGAUACCAGGACAGUACAGCACUGUGGAGUCUGGUAAACCGAGACUACAGGACAGAUGGCACUUCGCCCGGCUGUAGAUUAACCGUGCUUGGGAACCAGUACACUAGAGGCGCUAUACUCCCAACAAAUUGGUGAUUCUCAACUCCUCCUUCUUCGUGUUCUUGACACAGUCCAACAUGGCUGCGUCCAUGGCGAGGACUUGCCGUUAUUUAUUGCGCCGUGGGUCUUGUAUUCUGUCCAGGCGAACAAACGUGUGUUUUCAACUCAGGUCUGAAUUCCACAGUUUUUCACCUGCACAUAACGGGCUUCUGUUGUCUCUAAAUAAACGCGGUAUUCUGAAGGACUCUUUCCCAGAAGACGCAGCGCAGGACCAGCUUCCUCGGUUGCUCAAGUCCGGCGCUCAGACUGUAUACUGCGGCUUUGACCCCACGGCCGACAGCCUCCACGUGGGCAACUUGCUCGCUAUCAUCGGUUUGUUGCAUUUCCGAAGCGCCGGGCACCAUGUCCUCGCUGUGCUCGGAGGGGCCACGGCGCAAAUCGGAGACCCGAGCGGGAAAACGAGCGAGCGGGAGCGGUUGUCCGCAGACGCAGUUGAGGCGAACACGCGCAGCAUCCGCGAGAGCAUUCACAGGAUCUUCACCAACCACGAACUGCACUUUCAGGACAGUUCUAGGAAGAUGGGCACCGUGACUCUACUGAACAACCUGAGCUGGUACAAGGACUGGGGCGUGGUGGACUUUCUGUCGGAGGCGGGAAGGCACUUCAGGAUGGGCACCAUGCUCAGCCGCCACAGCGUGCAGUCCAGGCUGAAGGGCGCAGACGGAAUGAGCCUGACUGAGUUCACCUACCAGGUGUUCCAAGCUUACGACUUCCACCACCUGAACCAGAUAUACGGCUGCAGGAUUCAGCUCGGGGGCACCGACCAGCUGGGGAAUUUGAUGUCUGGCCAUGAGUACAUUCACAAAGUGAGCGGUGAGGAGGUGUACGGCCUCACCAUCCCGUUGGUGACCAGCUCUGUGGGGGACAAGCUGGGGAAGACGGCCGGCAAUGCAGUGUGGCUCAACAGAGACAAGACGUCUCCAUUUGAACUCUACCAGUUCUUUCUCAGGCUGCGUGACGCCAGUGUGGAAGGGUACCUGAAGCUGUUCACCUUCCUGCCUCUGGCGGAGGUGGAGAGGCUGAUGGAGCAGCAGAGAGAGGAUCCAGGGAAACGCCUCGCGCAUAAACGGCUGGCCGCAGAGGUGACAAAACUGGUGCAUGGAAAGGAGGGCCUCGAGAGUGCUAAAAGAUGUACCAACGCACUGUAUCACAGCAGCGUGCAGGCCUUGGAGGAAAUGAGUGACGAGGAGCUUCAGGAGCUCUUCAGGGAGGCUCCCUUCCAUGAGCUGCUGUUGGAGCCGGGUACCACUGUGAUAGACGCUUGUCGCAGGAUCAGCGCCAUCCCAGAGGGACCCAGAGGGUAUCAAAUGGUUUUGGAGGGAGCCGUGUGGAUCAACCACAGGCGGACUGACAAUCCAGAGCAAGUACUGAUCCCCAAACUCCAUAUUCUAUCGAAUGGACUUACCUUGUUCAGAGUGGGCAAAAGGAACUUUUACAUCAUCAAGUGGCUCAGUCUCUGAGGCUGUCUGCUUUCACAGGGGACCAGUCUGACCAAUGAUCUAUGAUGGACUGACUGGGAAGGUAGGCGACUACACCUCUGCAGGAUCAGUGAGGAGAUGUGGAUGGACUGAUAUUUUGGAACAUACUGGGUUUUUGGUUUUUAAAUCACCUGUGGUUGUCAUAUAAAUAUGUAUAUGUACAGAUGUGAAGUUUAUUUAUAGUUAUGGUAUUAAAAGGUCUUUGAUA